AUGAAGCACGCACCAGUUGGACCAGAGGAAAGAAAAUCUAUUUUAAAGAAGAUAUACCAUGCACUACGACAGUCUCCCAUGUUUACUCAUUAUUCUGUCGAGCACAUACGGGACUCUGCUAUAAAAUCCGAGCAGCUGACGUUUGAUCGUUCAUUUACCAAACAAGAGUAUAUGCAAGCAAUGCAUUCUAAGCUUAAAAAGAUAGAAAAAAGUUAUGUAAUGAAUGCAGAGGAGAUACUUCGAGAGAUGGGGAACAAGCCAGGGCAUAUGCAGCCAGAGCCCAUUCAUGUGAGUCGGCCAAUGGGGAUGUUUAGGGAUCAGGUAGACAAGCCAUCUAAUUCUGAUAUGGAGGAGUAUUCUAUGCACAGCCAAAAAAAGACAGGGCCCGAGUUUGUUUCAUUAGCAGGAAGCCAGCAGGGUCGGGGGACAAACUUUUCAUUUAUUCCUGAUGAUUCGCACAUGGGGAGAGCACGGCCAAGAAAUCCUGCACCCCAUAUGGUUUCUGGGAUAAAUAGCCAUUCAGGACCUUCUGGUAUGGGAAUGGGACUGGGUGGAGGGUGCGAUAUUAACAAUUCUUCUAUGCAGGGGUAUUCACAAACCAUUCCAGGAAGCACGCCAAUCAACAAUCCAGAGAUGUCUUCCAGCCAAACAAAUCAUAUGGGCGGCAAUCAGUUUAUAAAUAUGCACAUGCAAAGGAUGCCAAACCCGCAAAUGGGCAUGCAUUCGAUGAAUAACAGCUUUGGGCAGCCUGCAGGGCAGUCAAUAAAUAUAAACAACAAGCCAGGUGGGUAUGGGCUUGUAAGUGUUGGAGCUGCGCGGAAUGGCCCGAUUGAUAUAGGGGGUAAUAUAAAUAGAGUAAGCGUGCAAGGGCCAAAUAUCAUAAAACUAGACCCAAUGACAGAUCUGGGCUCUAUCUCUGGGGGCCGGGAUAGCAGAAAUGAGAUGGGUCUAAAGGGAGUAGAGGUGAAUAGCAUUAACCCAACUAUGCAGAGGGAUACGCUGCGGGGCAUAAACACCGGAAUGGCGAAAAGUAUGGGAAGGCUAGAUCCAUUUGUGCCGAUUGGAGGAUUUGGCGGCGCAGGCGAGGGAUCGGAGUUUUCAAGAAUGGGAGUAGACCACAUGGGAGAUAUGCAGGGAAUUGGCAUGGGCAUGGGCGGGAUCACACUUGGAAAUGUUUUGCACCGAACGGGAGCAGCAGGAAGCACAAACACUGCGGCGAAAAUGAACAACACACGCAUGGCACCGCCAAAUCAUUAUUCAAAGGGGGGAGCGCUAGGGCCAAUCUCGCAUGAAGUAAAGCCUAUUAAAUUACGACAGGAAGAGAAACUUAAAGCUCGGCCUAAAAUAGACAGAAUAGAGUCUCCGGUGCACAUUAGCCCAGUGGAGAGCUCGCCAAGAGCAGGAGGAAAGAAAUACGAAAAGAAAAAAGAAGCACAGUCACAGACAGAAGAAGAAUUAAAGAAAAUAACAGAAGAGAUCAAAAAAAUGGACGAGGUCCUUUCAACACAUCAAAGCAUCUUUCCGCGGUGGGAAAAACAGAGAAGACUCUUUUAUAAUUUAGAGGAUGUCUUAAAUGCUAAAAUAAAAGAGCCAAACGAGGAAAUAGAGAAUAUUUUGGGAAUAUUUCAGCAGAUGAAAAGACAGAUCAUAACACUAUCGCAGGAAAUAAAAGAGGGAAACUCUCUAACUUUUAAGAAAAGAAUGGGAAGGAUCUCUAGUGCAUUUAUGCAAAAACAAAAAGCAGAGCCAGAAUACCAAUUUGUGUCAACAGAAGAACUGCUUUUAGAAUACAACUAAUCAAAUAAGGCAUGUGUCGCUCUAUGCUGCUAGAAAAGUCUAUAGAGCCGUGUGGAGCCGCAUUAUGCAUAUGGAAAUUCCUAUAAUAACU